ACUAAAUAGUGUUGUCUUUGUUCACCUGGGAAGAAUUUCUUUCUUUCUCCCGAACGAACUUGAAACGAAAGCAAACGCCUUUAUGGUUCGGGUCAAACAAACGAGGCUGGCAGCAGCAACUUGGAAAGCGGUGGGAAUUUCUGCAACAGCAGCACAGCACGUAAGCAAAAGCAGCUCCCUCCCUGUUGUAGUCAAGCAGCUCGUAUUUUUUUCUAUUCCACGAAAGGCCACCGCGGGUUGACAAUUCUGCAGCAGCUGCUGCUGUUAAAUUAAGUCUUCCCCUGAUCUUCUUUCCUCGGCAAACCACCCAACAAACACCAUAAUCUUAUCAAAUACUCUCUUCCCCUCGCCAACCGCGGCUCUGUUUCUUUUUCCGGCAUCGCUUCCCCUUUCUUUCUAAUAUUCAAAUCUGAAGACUGCUGUCUUUCACACAUCUGCUUCUGAAAUUUCAACCCGAUUGACUGAUAUACAAAAGGGGUUGGGUUUUCAAAGUCAUUGAUUCAGCACACUUGUAGAAGCCAGAAGGUUUACCAACCUAGGCUGUUCCCUUGGUGUCUCAACAGUUAUGACUUGCUUUUCCUUCUUUGGUCGAAGUCGAAGGCUCGAUUCUUCACAACGACAUGAUGCUGAAGAAGAGAACGAACUUGCUGGUGUUCACAAUGUUAAAACCUACUCCUACAAGGAAUUGAGACACGCGACUGACGAUUUCAGCCCUGUUAAUAAAAUAGGGGAGGGUGGUUUUGGUUCUGUGUACAAGGGACGUCUUAAAGAUGGGAAACUUGUGGCAGUAAAACUUCUUUCGGCUGAAUCAAGACAAGGGGUAGGCGAGUUCUUAGCAGAGAUAAAAGCCAUCUCAGUGGUGGAGCAUGAGAAUCUGGUUAAGCUCUAUGGCUGCUGCGUUGAAGGACAACACAGAAUUUUGGUCUACAACUAUCUCGAGAAUAAUAGCUUGGCUCAAACACUUCUUGGUGGAUCUUACAUCAAUAUUCAGUUUGAUUGGAGAACACGGACUAAAAUCUGCAUUGGAGUAGCAAGGGGACUAGCUUUCCUACAUGAGGAAGUACGACCAUAUAUAGUGCAUCGAGACAUCAAAGCGAGCAACAUUCUCCUGGAUAAAGAUCUAACACCCAAAAUUGCAGAUUUUGGUCUGGCCAAGUUGAUCCCAUCACACAUGACCCACGUCAGCACUCGCGUCGCUGGGACAAUGUUUAUGGGGCAUUAUAUCUGCUUUUGUUGUUGCAGAGGGUAUCUGGCACCAGAGUACGCAAUACGGGGACAGUUGACACGGAAAGCAGACAUAUACAGUUUUGGUGUCCUGCUCGUGGAAAUAGUCAGUGGGAGAUGCAAUACCAACACACGAUUGCCAAUUGAAGAGCAAUACCUCUUAGAACGGACAUGGCAGUUGUACGAGCGCAAGGAGCUCAUAGCACUGGUAGACACGGCCCUUAAUGGUGAUUUUGAUGCUGAGGAGGCUUGUAAGUAUAUGAAGAUUGGCCUACUCUGCACUCAAGAUGCUCCCAAGCUUCGGCCUUCCAUGUCAACGGUAGUAAAGAUGCUGACUGGGGAGAAGGAGGUCGAUGACAGUAUGAUAUCAAAGCCUGGUCUCAUAUCUGACUUCAUGGACCUCAAGGUACGUGCUCAACCUCCUACUAAGGCGAGGCAACGUCAAUCAACUGCAACGGGGAAGCCUUCUGAAGCAAAAACAUCACCAUCAUCAUCUCCCUACGACAUUUCUCCGUACGACUCUGAAAACCACAAUGACCAUUCCUCCUCCGGAACGUCAACGAAUGCAAACACCACAUUUUCCACUUCAUCAAAUGCAACCUUGACAUUCCUGACGUCAACAAAUGCAACUACCACCUUUACCACUUCUUAUUGAUGGAGCAUAUAUCUCUACGUUGUGAUGGGCACUACCAUUAAUUGAUCAAGUUCAAUCUAUGUGGUCAUGUUUGGGAUGUGUGUAUAUAAGGAAAUAUGAGAUGAGUGAAAAAGGAGGAAACUUGACCUCUCUUUGGAGCUUGCCUUAUCAUCUUUUUUCUUGUGUGUACAUUAGAGGCAAGCUCUUUCUUUUCUUUGUUUCUUCAGCAAAAUAGUUUUGAGUUGAUAAAGGUUUGGCAGACGGUAUUCUUUUUGUCUUGUAAAUGAGUUUUAGUAAAAUAGUUUUUAUGUGUGGAAGAAAGUUAACUAGUUAAGUGGAGUUCUGAUCAUUAAUGAGAUUGGUGUUAUAUUGUCA